GUAAUGAAGAACACCACUAAAUUGUGUUCAACUAAACCUAUCGUCACUGUUAAUGGAAAGUUCCCUGGCCCUACUCUAGUUGCUAGAGAAGACGAUACAGUGCUGGUAAAAGUUGUCAACCACGUCGAUUACAAUGUCACCAUCCACUGGCAUGGAGUUAGGCAAUUGCGGACUGGCUGGGCUGAUGGUCCUGCAUACAUAACACAAUGCCCGAUUCAACCAGGCCAAACUUAUUUGUAUAAUUUCACGCUGACCGGCCAAAGGGGUACACUUCUGUAUCAUGCUCACAUUCUCUGGCUCCGGGCCACUCUCCAUGGAGCUAUUGUCGUCUUGCCCAAACGUGGCGUUCCUUAUCCCUUCCCCAAACCUCAUCAGGAAGUUGUCAUCGUAUUAGCUGAAUGGUGGAAAUCAGAUGUUGAAGCUGUCAUAAAUGAAGCUCAGCAAUCUGGCCUGGCUCCCAAUGUGUCUGAUGCUCACACCAUCAAUGGCUAUCCAGGGCCAGUCUCAAGCUGCCCUUCAGAGGGAGGAUAUACAUUACCAGUGGAACCCGGGAAGACAUACAUGCUUAGAGUUAUCAAUGCUGCACUGAAUGAAGAUCUCUUCUUCAAGAUUGCAGGCCAUAACUUCACCGUGGUUGAGGUUGAUGCUUCGUAUACAAAACCCUUCAAAACUGAAACAGUUCUCAUAGCUCCAGGCCAAACCACAAAUCUUCUUUUAACAGCAAACCUUGGAACCGGCAAGUUCAUGGUAGCGGCCUCGCCUUUCGAUGACGCUCCCGUUACCGUCGACAACAUAACCGCCACUGGCACGUUACACUAUUCCGGUACCCUUGAUGAUAAAGCCACCAUUGUCACUAUCCCACCGGCUCAAAACGCUACCCCACUUGUCGACAGCUUUACUGAUGCCUUAAGAAGCUUAAAUUCAAAAGAAUAUCCCGCUAGAGUCCCCUUGAAGAUCGAUCAUUCUCUUUUUUUCACCAUUGGCCUUGGAAUCAAUCCUUGCGCAACUUGUGUCAAUGGCAAUCGUGUUGUGGCAUACAUUAACAAUGUCACUUUCGAUAUGCCAAGUAUCUCCAUCCUUGAAGCUCAUUUCUUCAACAUAAAAGGAGUUUACACAGACGAUUUCCCUCGCAACCCACCUAAUAAAUACAACUAUACAGGCAUACAACCAACAAAUCUUCAGACCAUGAACGGGACAAGAGUUUAUAGGCUUCGUUACAACUCAACUGUACAACUAGUCUUACAAGAUACCGCUAUGCUUGCUCCUGAAAGCCACCCAGUUCACCUGCAUGGCUUCAAUUUUUUCACAGUUGGAAGUGGGUUAGGAAACUACAACGCCAAGAAGGACCCUAAGAAAUUCAAUCUUGUUGACCCUGUAGAGAGGAACACCAUGAGUGUCCCUACUGGUGGAUGGACCGCUAUCAGAUUCAGAGCAGAUAAUCCAGGUGUCUGGUUCAUGCAUUGCCAUUUGGAGGUGCACACAACAUGGGGCCUGAAGAUGGCCUUUCUGGUGGACAAUGGCAAAGGCCCCAAUGAAUCAGUUUUGCCACCUCCUAGUGAUCUUCCCAAGUGUUAGAGAACAAAGGCCCAAUACCCCACUCAUACAAAAUCAUCCUUUUUUUUUUUUUUUUAAUAGAAACAGCCCAGAAAAGAAAACAAAGAAAUUGGGUGAAAAAGAGAAAAGAGUUCUUUUGAGCAAGCUCAAACAAAGCCUACUCAGAACGGAAUAAACCCGUAUUUGGGUUUUUGUUUAUAUUUUUCUUUUUCUGGGAUUUAAAAUUUAUGUACCAAAAUUACUUC